CAGAGCGGACAGACAGCAAGUGUCCAGGCGAGGGCCACGGAGACCAUAAGACGUCUGUCAUAUCAGAUUCUGUCCAGAGGCAUCGUGUAUGAGAGUAAAACUGUGGCGGCCCUUGUCAGCACAUGGUUGUCAUUGACAUUCCACUGACCCCUGACCUCGCCCCCACAGCCCACAUGACGGCCUACUACGUGCGACCUGACCUAGAAAUUGUGGCCGACAGCAUCGCCUUCAACGUCGACGGCGUCUUCAAGAAUAAGGUGAGUCUGGAGCUGAGCGCCAACAGAACCGAGCCUCACACCGAUCUGGAGGUGUACGUCACAGCAGACCCCGAUUCCACGGUUUACUUGCUGGCCGUCGACCAGAGUGCUUUGCUGCUGAAGACCGGAAAUGACAUCACGCCUAGGCAGGUGGAAGAUGCUGUUGCUGUCUACGAUGUGGGAACGAGCAAACCUUCCGAAUCAGCCUUUGCUCUGUCUCUUAGUAGACAGGACAUAGCUAACACGAUGCAGGAAGUCGGCAUUACCGUGUCCUCUGAUGCCAAUCUGUAUGCAACAUUAGCGGAUAAUAUUACCACACCUUAUGAUCCUUCAAUUAAUGGACCUGUUCCCUUGGCCCUGAGGCCCCCCAUAACACCUGUUAUCAGCACAACUCAAACUCCAAAUUAUCUAGACGCACCUGUACUACCUAAAGGUAAGAUUUGUACUGUCAAGGAUUGUAGUUACAGACGGUCUUUUAAAAAAUAAUUAUUCGUUGUGUCU